AUGUUCCGCGAAGAAGAACGUCGUUCCAAUUUCAAAAAGGCCAUUGAUAGUGGUGAUGGCCGUCGCCGUCGGGAAGAAACCACUCGUCAGAUCCGAAAGGCCAAGAAGGAUGGAAUGCUUCUCAAGAGACGAAUGGCUGCCCCUGUAAUCAAUGCCAACGACACCAUGGCGGACAACGUAUCGUCAUCUGGAGUAAAAACAACCUGCACCGUUGCUGAUAUCCCCCAACUUUCACUUAUCCUCCAAAACCCACAAUCUACUGAGCAACAAACGGAGGAUGCCGUCCGAGGCUUUCGUCGAAUCUUGUCUCUCGAGAGAAAUCCACCAGUUCACGCAGUCUUGCAAGCCGGGGUUCUUCCUAUCUUGAUCCAAUGUUUGACCAAAAACCCUCAAGCAAACACUUUGAUUUUCGAGGCGGCUUGGGCAUUGACCAACAUCGCGUCUACUGAGAUGACCUCAGCCGUCGUUGAAGGUGGUGCUGUUCCACCUCUAAUUCAAUUGCUUUGUCACCAUAUCCCAGACGUGCGGGAACAAGCUGCAUGGUGCCUCGGAAACAUUGCUGGUGACAAUACUGAGUUCCGAAAUAUCCUCCUUCAACACGGAGCCCUUGAACCACUACUCAGGAACAUUGCCCAACCUGGUUCCAUGUCUCUCUUGGCCAAUGUCACCUGGACUGUCUCCAACCUUUGCCGAGGCAAGCCUGCACCUGCCUUUGAAUUGGUUGCUCCAGCAAUUCCCUACCUUGCCGAUCUCCUCAAGAAGGAUGUUUCGAUUGAAACCAAGAUCGACGCUACUUGGGCGCUAUCUUACCUCUCUGAUGGACCCAAUGAGCGUAUCGAAGCUAUCAUGAACACCGAUAUCGUUGCCACCCUGAUUGGAUUCUUGGCAGCAAACUCUACUCAACUUAUGACACCUACUCUUCGAUGCCUUGGUAACUUUGUCACAGGAAGCGACGAACAAACCCAAGCCGUCCUUGAUGCUGGAAUCCUUGACCACAUUCUCGGACUCCUCGAAAGUGGAAAGAAGUCUAUUCGCAAGGAGGCAUGCUGGCUUGUAUCCAACAUUACUGCUGGAACCCAAGAACAGAUCGCAAUGUUUAUUCGACGACGAGAUCUCAUUGAAUCUAUCAUCAGCAACGCCUCCAACUCUCAGUGGGAUGUCCGCAAGGAAGCUGUCUGGGCACUUUCAAAUAUUUGCACCGUCGGAAGCGACGUCCAAGUUAUGGGAUUGAUCCAAAGCGGAGGCCUUCGACCCUUGGCUGAUAUCCUUGCCUUUAACAAUAUGGACAACUCUGUGAUUGGUGCCGCAUUGGAUGGCAUUGAUCAGGUUCUCGCCGUCGGUGCCAGAAAUGACAGAGAUUAUGCUACUCAUCUUGAUGAAUUUAACGGUGUUGAAUACAUCGAGGCACUUCAAGAGCACCCAAGCAAUGCUGUAUACGAGAAGACCCUCAAGAUCCUUGAGACUUACUUUGGUGGCGAGGAACAAGAGGAUGAGAACUUGGCACCAGCCAUGACUGACUCCGGCACUUUCGGAUUUGGAUUGUCUUCACCCAAGCAACUCUUUGCAACUGGCCAUGGACAAGCAGCAGCUCCUCUGGCAUUCUCUUUUCCAAACACAGCUUGCUAA